UAGGUAAACUCGAUACACUUUUACUCCAUCUUUGUAUGUAACUGGAAAAGGUGUUGGGUAAUUUCCAAUUUCCCAAAGUCCCCUUUUAAGAUAUGUUUCCAAAAUCUUAUGUUUUUUGUUGCACAUUUAUAUAUAGAACCCUUUCUUAAUAGGUCGCCAAGUGAGCAGUGAAUGUCAGGGUGAAAUGCUUGAUUACAGGCGUAUGCUGAUGGAAGAUUUCUCUUUGAGCCCUGAAAUCAUCUUGAGCUGUCGUGGAGAGAUUGAGCAUCACUGCUCUGGGUUGCACAGGAAAGGACGCACACUGCACUGUUUAAUGAAAGUAGUGCGUGGGGAGAAAGGAAACAUAGCAGAGAAGUGUCAACAUGCUCUUCAGAACUUAAUUCAAGAAACAGAUCCAGGAGCUGAUUACCGUAUUGACAGAGCUCUCAAUGAGGCCUGCGAGUCAGUUACUCAGACCGCUUGCAAACACAUCCGUUCUGGAGAUCCUAUGAUACUGUCUUGUCUCAUGGAGCAUUUGUACACUGAGAAGAUGGUGGAGGAAUGUGAACAUCGCCUGCUGGAACUGCAGUACUUCAUAUCUCGUGACUGGAAACUUGAUGUUAUCCUGUACCGAAAAUGUCAAGGAGAUGCCUCGCGCCUUUGUUAUGCUCAUGGAUGGAAUGAAACCAGUGAAACUAUGCCAGCAGGCGCCAUCUUUUCUUGCUUGUAUCGGCAUGCCUACAGAACAGAGGAACAGGGGAGGAGGGUAAGAGGAAAUCUUUUCUUUUUCAUAUUGCUUUUAUGGUUUUUUUACUGCCACGCAUGACUUAACCAUUAAUAUGAAAGUCCUCCCCUGUAAUUAUUGCCAUGAGAAUCU